AUGCGAGCGCCCACCCUCCGGGGCUUCUCCACUCCCCGCAUGGCCCUGUGCCAUCCCCGGAUUCCCCUCCCAACACGUUGGGCCAAUAGAUCCACUGGAAUUCGCAGCAACUCCAGCAGUAGAGAAACGAAAGAGCAGCAACAUCAACUCUCGUCAGGCUCAAGCUCUAACUCAUCCAACAACUCGACUUCUUGGAGCCCAGCUCGGACUCUCUUAAUCUCCGCAUUCGCUGCGGGGUUGGGAUACACCUACGCUUAUUACAACAAGAUCUCCAAUAAUUCCCAGGCAUCUGUGAAGCCUCAGUACGCCUCGGCGAAGGACUGCGAGAAGGUCAUUACCGAACUGCGGGCCAAGCUGGGUGAAGACACCGUGUCUACCGACGAAGAUGAUCUCGAGCGACACGGCUAUUCCGAAUGGUCCAGCCUCAACGCCGAUCGUCUUCCCGUCGCAAUUGCUUACCCCCAAACCACCGAGGAUGUCGUGGAAAUCGCAAAAGUCUGCCACAAGUAUCGCAUGCCCAUGAUCCCCUUCUCCGGCGGGUCCAGCCUAGAAGCCAAUUUCUCCGCCCCCUACGGUGGAAUGACAAUUGACUUCGCCAUGAUGAACAAGGUUCUGGAAAUUCACGAGAAUGACAUGGACGUUGUGGUUCAGCCGUCAAUUGGGUGGAUGGACCUGAACGAGCAGAUCAAGGAGACGGGUCUUUUCUUCCCUGUUGACCCCGGUCCAUCUGCCAUGAUCGGCGGCAUGGUUGGUACCAACUGCAGUGGAACAAAUGCAGUGAGAUAUGGUACGAUGAAGGACUGGGUGAUCAACCUCACUGUCGUCUUGGCUGACGGUCGGGUCAUGAAAACACGUCGACGCCCUCGGAAGACCUCCGCCGGAUAUAAUCUUACCGGGCUGCUUGUCGGAUCAGAGGGGACAUUGGGAAUAGUGACAGAAGCAACUCUGAAAUUGGCGCCUAUCCCAGAAGAAACUCGAGUUGGUGUUGUUUCAUUCCCAACGAUUCGUGAUUGCGCCUCGACAGCGAUGCAAUUGAUUCGCAAGGGUAUUCAGGUACAAUGUAUGGAGAUCUUGGAUGACGUUCAGAUGGACGUGAUUAAUCGUGCUGGCGGAACGGGACGGACCUGGAGUGUCUCGCCAACUCUCUUCUUCAAGUUCUCUGGGACCUCGGCGGGCGUUGAGGAUAGCAUCAACCUGACUCGAAACCUCGCAAAAGACAACCGCGCCGAAACGUUCCAGUUUGCCCAGGAUGAGAAGGAGGCCCACGACCUCUGGUCUGCUCGUAAGCAGUCCCUAUGGAGCAUGAUGGCCCUGCGCAAGGAAGGAUCCGAAGUUUGGUCUACAGAUGUUGCUGUACCAAUUUCCAGACUUCCCGAUAUCAUUGAAAUAUCGAAGAAGGAAUUAGAUGACCUUGGUAUCUUUGCUAGCAUUUUGGGUCACAUUGGAGAUGGAAAUUUCCACUCGAGCAUCAUGUACGACCGCAAUGACCCAGAAGAGAAAGCUCGAGUGGAGAAAGUUGUAUACGACAUGGUUGACCGAGCUUUGGAGAUGGAGGGCUCCUGCACGGGUGAACACGGUGUCGGCCUGGGCAAGAAGGACUCCUUGCGAAAGGAAGUUGGAGAGGGAACCAUUGACGUUAUGCGCAGUCUGAAGCGAUCGCUGGAUCCACACUGGUUGUUGAACCCAGGGAAGAUAUUCGAUGUGGAGGAGUGA